AUGAGGGAGACGAUGGAUCUGAAGAGCUUGUUGCUAAAGAGAAUAGACACAAGGAGAUUCUGGAGGCCAUUUGCAGAAGCUCCUCUGAAAUGGAAGAAGACUAAAGCGAGUGAUUUGAAUGUAAAAUCUGAAAUGUUUGGGCAGGAGGUUGAAGAGGAGCUGGAAUGUGUUGGAGAAUCAAGCAAGGGCUUCAGAUUCGACCUCGAGGUGGAAAGAAAAGAGGCUAAAGAAGAAGAUGGUACAAGACUGAGAGCUAUACUAGAGCUUGUGGCUGAUUAUAAGCUCAAAAUCAAGCUCCCAGGGGACCUCAUCGCUAAGCUACUGUUUCAAAGAGAAAACUCAACCCCUCUGGUUCGUUGCUCUGUGGAGCAUGGCACUACUUCCUCAUCAAAUCCACAACCUGAUUCUCCUAAUCCAGCAGCUCAACUUUCAAGUAAUGGUUAUUAUUAG